UCAGUAGUAGUUACGCAACCAUACCGUUCCAGCUGAUGAGGGAGUUUUUUUUUUGUUUGCUGAGAGAGAGCGACUUACGCUUCAGUGUCAAGAAUACGCAAAUGUUGCUCGACAGAAUGAAAAAAUAACCAGAGUUGUGGUGUUGCGAUGGACCCCAAGAUCCCGUACAACAACUACCCCCUCCCUGUGGUCCUCCUGCCCUCCUACGAGAACCCGCCUGCCUGGAUCGCGCCACAAGAGCGGAUUCAACACCCUGACUACAAUAAUGAGCUGACGCAGUUCCUGCCCCGCACCAUCGUGCUCAAGAAGCCCCCCGGGGCACAGCUGGGCUUCAACAUCCGGGGAGGGAAAGCGUCCCAGCUGGGAAUCUUCAUCUCCAAGGUAAUCCCAGACUCGGACGCACACCGUGCUGGGUUGCAGGAGGGGGAUCAGGUCCUGUCAGUGAAUGAAAUUGACUUCCAGGACAUUGAACACGCCAAGGCUGUGGAGAUUUUGAAGACUGCCCGUGAGAUCCUGAUGAGGGUGCGCUUCUUCCCUUACAACUACCAGAGACAGAAGGAGAGGACGGUCCACUAACAGAAGAGGCGACUGGAGUAACUGUGCCCGUGGGAAACACAGCUUUGCCUUGAUAGUGAGACCAUGGGGCAGCACUGGGGGCUGUGAGUGUUACUGGCACACUCACACACCCACCGGUAACCAUGCUGUGUGAAGAACAAGGCAUCAGUUACACAGCAGUUUAAAGGACCACGGUCUUCAGAUUCAUUCCUUUUCUGGACCUGCUUUUCAGUGAUUGGCUAGGAAGGAAAGCAGCUCAUUAAUAAUACCUGUGAGGGGGCGGGGCUGCUGAGUACUACUCCAUUAUUAAUGAGCUGUGAUUUCCCAUGAGCAUGGCCAGAACAUGAAGUCUGCUCCUGGUGAUGCCAAGACAAAAUAAGCAAUCGGCUACAAAUGAUAUAGUUUUUAGGUACUAAGAAUAAAAUCAGAUUUUGAUCGUA